ACAUUCGUAGAACACUUCUUAAAAGUAUUGUAUAUUUUGAUUUAAAGGAAGGGAUAGUGUUUAUGGAUUAUUCAUCUCUUAAAGCGAGUAUGAAACCAGUGCCAAAACCAAGAAGUCGCUCAACGUCAAAUCAAACCGGAAGUUCAGAAAAUCUGGAUAAGAAUUUACUGGCCUCGAAGCUGUUUUCAUAUUUAAUUUGUUACGGGGAAGACUGUCGCUUGGCAAUUACUGGUGUUACUAAACGUUUGCAAAAGUUCAGUGAUGACAAAGGCUACGAUAAGAAGAAAGCGUUGGAAUUUGUCAAGGGUUUCCGUGAUAAAUUUGUCAUCAAGAACGUUGAGGGAAAGGAAUUUGUCGAAGCCAAGACAUCAGUGAAAAUUUGCGAUGCAUUUCAAAUGGGGAAGUGUAAAGAAGCAGGUUGCAAGGAACUCCACGUAUGCCGUUUCUUUUUGGAAGAUAAUUGUAAAUAUGAGGAUGGAUGCAAAAAGCCACAUGCUUUUGAAAUCCCACAGACCAGAGCAUUGUUAGUUAGACAUAAGUUGGACAAUCUUCCCAAGGAUGGCUUAAAGCUUUUGUUUCGAAAGGUUUUAAAUGAAAAGAAGAUUAAACAUGCUUCCAGCUCCUCUGGGCCAAGUGCUUGUAAAUUUUACAACAAAGGAGAUUGCAAAAAUGGUGACAAAUGUGAUUUUCUACAUGUGUGUCAGCACUACAUUGAUGGUGAUUGCAAAUUUGGUGAGACAAGAUGUAAAAGAUUACAUACAUUUGAGACCAGCCAUGCAAGAAAAGUCCUAGCUGCUCACAAUUUGGGAGGACUUCGUACCGAAAAGCAGAUACGUUCUUUUCUUCAAAGCAAUGAAACUCACAGCCCCGAUUCAGAUAGCUCCGAAGAUGAUAUAGUUACAAACUUGGAAAACCUUGCCACAGGUGGAAAGGCGAAAAGAAAGCUAAGCAGUCCUGAGUUUACCAAAACAAGCAAUCAUGAUUUGGCAGAUGAAGAGACAGAAAUAUGCGGUUUCAAUUUACGUGGGAAGUGUAGCUAUGGAAACAAGUGCAAUGCUUUACACACUAAUCUCCCUUAUCAAUGGCAGUAUUUUUACCACUCGGGGUGGAAGAACUUUCCGGAUGAUGACAAUAGGGAGGUCGAAAUGGAAUUUUGUGAUCAUGAGAUAGAUGAUGUAAAAAUCAAGCUGAUUGGCCUGGGGUAUUUCACAAUUCACUUUCAGCGAAUGUCAGGAGAGAUAUCAGAAGGACAUGACGUCCGUAUUUUGCGAGUUCGCCGUCUUUCGACGAUCUCGUCAGUGAAAGCCGCGUCAGGUCACGUGUUCCGUACCACGUGGAAGUGGCACUGGAAAGAUGAUCACGAUCAAUGGCAUUGCUAUGACAACGGCAAUGCUGACGUAAAUAGCGAGGAGAUUGAACAGCAUUUUCAGUCAGUGUCAGAUGGAAGAAAGCAACUUAAGUUUUCUGCCGGUUCCAACAGUUACACGCUGUAUUUUGACGACGUGCAUAAUCUAUACCAACAGAAUGAGAAAUACGGUACCAAGCGAGCUGUACGGCGACGACCGUCGAGAUAUCUCGAUGAGAAGACGAUGAAACAAGUUUUGCAAGAGUUCAAACAGAAUCGGCAAAGAACAAGUUCUAGCAGUGAUUCCAAAUCAUUUCUACCACCCUCCAACUGGGGCCCGAUGGAAACUUCGGAGGAAUUCAAAUGUGUACAUUUGAACGAGAUCUUGCAUCACGACGAAUACUCCAAGGUCGAAGCCCAAUUUAUGGCAACAAUGGCCGGGUUUAAAAUUAAAUCUGUGAAGCGCAUGCAGAAUCCCGCCUUAUGGGAAGACUAUGAAAGGCAAAAAGCAAGAAUCGCCAAGAAGAACUCGGGCCAAUCCCCUGAAGAGCGCUGGUUAUUUCAUGGUACUUCCUUAGAGAAAAUGGAGCCGAUUUGCCAACAAGGUUUUGACUGGCGUCUAAGCGGUUCGAAACACGGUACCAGGUAUGGCAAAGGUAGUUAUUUUGCUGUGGAGGCCUCUUAUUCCAACACAUACAGCUCCACGACACAAGAGAGCAAAAGGAUGUUCAUGGCGAAGGUAAUCGUGGGCUCGUAUGUCGCAGGCUCCUACGAGACUCAGCGGCCGCCGGCGAAAGAUGCAUCUGACCCUCUCAGUCCGCUACAUGAUUCGUGCGUGAAUAAUAUAUCGCAGCCUACCAUAUUUGUCAUCUUCGAACGCAGCCAAGCCUAUCCCUACUACAUUAUUGAAUAUACCAACUAAGAGACCUGAUCCCAGACUCCGUAGCAAAAAUAAAAUACCUUUGAAAGCGAACAAAAAAAGUUUAAGAAAACAAAACAAACAACAUUGUUGAAUUUUCCAAUUUGAAGAAGUCGCAUGUCAACAGAUCAUCUCCACAACAGAAGAAGGUUGAUGGCGUUGAAUGAUUUUCAACAUGGUGUUUGACUGAUCCGGCAAGGAUGUGAAAGCAAGAAGUUUAAUGGAUGGGUUUGGAUUGCAACGAGGGACCAGUUGUUCAAAGCUAGGUUAGCACUAACCCUGCAGGGUUAAUUUUAAUCCAGUGUUUUAGUUUAUGUGCUUCUGAACCACUGUUCGUUUUAAAGGCUUUGAAAAUAUUACUUCUAUCGGUCCAGAAAAAAAUGUUGAAAAAAGAUAUUCCGACAUUUGUAAAACAGCGAUUAAAAAAAA